AUGCUGUAUCUGGCCGGGGCCAGGCAAGAUGAGAGUCAUGGCCUGUCACGGCGGCUGGCGUACAGCGACGGUGGUAUCACAUAUGAUAUCGACCCACUACCUGUCACACAACACAAAGGUCUUAUUGCAGUGGCUGUGAUGGCCCUGCUCUCAUUUAUUGCAACACUUUGUCUGAUCUGUUUCAUCACAUACCGUCUUGUUUUCUGGCGCUCAAACUAUCAGCGGUACAUCGGAUACAACCAAUAUAUCAUUCUCAUCUACAACCUGGUCAUCGCCGAUCUCCAACAGUCGCUCGCCUUCCUAAUAUGUAUAAAAUGGAUUGCGGAGGACAGAAUCGAAGCUUCGUCUGCAGCAUGCUUUCUGCAGGGAUUUUGGUUGCAAAUCGGAGACCCAGCCAGUGGUCUCUUUGUGCUCGCCAUCGCCAUCCAUACAUUCCUUCUAGUCGCCAUGGGCCAUAAGUUGAGCUACCGAAUCUUUGUUCUUGGAGUUGUCGGGCUCUGGGUAUUCGUCGCUGUACUGGUUAUUAUUCCACUUGCUGCACACGGCUCACUUGUGUUUAUCCCGUCUGGUGCCUGGUGCUGGAUCAGUGAGGAGUACGAAGCCAUCCGUUUGUGGACACACUACAUCUGGAUUUUCCUGGCCGAAUUCGGCACGGUCUGUCUGUAUGCCGUCAUGUGGUUCCAAUUACGCGCGCAAAUCAAGCAAUCCGCGAUUCUGGGAAGCAGCCACACAGCCAGUCUGAAGCGUCUCCGUCGAGUCAUCGGAUACAUGGUUAUCUACCCAAUCGCAUACAUUGUGCUUUCCCUUCCGCUGGCCGCCGGCCGAAUGGCCACCGCCCGGGGCAAUACACCGAGUGUCGCCUAUUUCUGCGUCGCCGGAGCGCUCAUCACAAGUUCCGGUUUGGUCGAUGUGCUGCUCUACACUCUGACCCGUCGGAACCUCAUCCUCGAAUCCGAGCCGAGCGAAGACCGCAGCUACAAUCGCUUCGCCAGCAGCAGGAACCGGAGAACAGACAACCACCUCACCACCAUCACCGCGGAUCCCAAACAUACCCGCACAGACAUCAGCGUCCUUCGCACCCGCAGAGGCCGCGACGACGAAGAAGAUAACGUCGAUGGGACGACGCGCGACGGAUCAACAGACAACAUCGUACAGCCCGGUGUCGAAUUGGCCCCCAUGGGUAAGGUGUUCCAGCACACCACGAUCGAAAUCACCCACGAACCGGCAUAUCCCGAAGCCGAAGGGAGCGACCGGUCCAGCAAAGACUCGUUGCAACGCCCGGUCAAGGGCCAUGAGAAUGCAUCCCGGAUGUGGGGUCGAUAA